AUGGUCGGGGUCCGAGCCCUGCGGGACAGAAACGGGGCUGGGACGGGAGCAGCCAAUGGGGCCUCCCCCCAGCGGGCCCCGCUCAGCCGCUGCCGCUUCCUGCCCUGCCCCGAUCGCAGUGAGUCCGGGGGGUGGGCAGAGCCCAGCCCGACGGCGACGGACGACCCAGGGACCGCCCCGCCCGUCCCGCCCCGUCCGUCCCAUCCCAUCCCGCCGGCAUGGCGGAGCCUUGCCGGUGCCGGUGCCGGUGCGGGCAGCGCCGGCUCUGCCGCUGCGGCUCGGCUCAGCUUCGCGGCCGGGCACUUCCAGAACUAUGCCUGCGCCGCGCUGUGGUUCACGUCCCUGCUGCUGUUCCUGCACAGCGCGCUCGGCUUCCGGCACCGCGCGCGGUGCGGCCCUCUGGCCGGGCAGCUGGCGGACGGGCUCUGCACCCCCCUGCUGGGCUACGAGACCGACCCGUUCCUUGGGCUGCGGCUGCUACGGCGGAGGAAGUCCUGGCACCUCGCCGGUGGCACCACGUGCGUCCGGUCCUUCCCCUUCAUCUUCAACCCCUGCCUGGCCUGCAAGGAGAACACACCACAGUGGGCAGCCUUCAUCUACUACCUCCCCUUCAUCAUCAUCUUCCAGUUCGGCUCAGCCACACAGGUCUCCCACCUCUCCCUCAUCCCCGAGCGGUGACCAGUGACCUGAGAAGAGCAGGUACUGUCUCCCCUCAGGUAUGCCUUCACAGUCAUGGCCAACAUCACCGUGUAUGGCCUGGCCUGGCUCCUGCUGAACUUCCAGGUGGACCAGCCUGAACUCAUAGAGCACUUAGGCCCCCAGGAUGUCCCUAUAUUCCGGAACCUGUCCCUCAUUGUGGUGGGGCUGGGGGCCGUGUUCUCCCUCAUCUUCCACCUGGGCACCAAAGAGAAGCCGUACCCAUGGGGCUCAUCAGCCCAGCCAGAGGAGAGCACCCCCCUGCUGCAGAAGGAGCCGAGCCCUCUGCGUCCACUGCUCAUCUGGAGGGACUGGCUGUGGGAACCUGCCUUCUAUCAGGUUGCAGUGCUCUACAUGUCCACCCGGCUCAUCGUCAACCUCUCCCAGGCCUACAUUGCCAUGUACCUGACCAACUCGCUGAUGCUGCCCAAGAAAUACAUCGCCACCAUCCCCCUGGUGAUGUAUGUCAGUGGCUUUCUCUCCUCCUUCCUCAUGAAGCCUGUGAAUAAGUGGUUGGGUCGAAAUCUGACCUACUUCGUGGGCAUCCUGGUGAUCCUCAGCUUCGCCUCCUGGGUGACCCUGGUCAAGCAGAUGGGAGCAGAGAUCUACGGGGCGGCCGUGCUGCUUGGGGCUGGCUCUGCCACCAUCCUGGUCACGUCCCUCUCCAUGACCGCAGACCUCAUCGGCACCAACACGCACAGCAGCGCCUUCGUCUACGGCGCCAUGAGCUUCACGGAUAAGAUGGCCAACGGGCUGGCCGUGAUGGCGAUCCAGAACCUGCACCCGUGCCCGUCUGAGGUCUGCUGCUCUGAGUGUGCCAGCUUCUACCACUGGGUGAUGGUGGGGGUCACCGGAGGCGUUGCCGUUGCCGCCAUUGCCUCUCUCUGCUGCAUCAUGGUGUGGCCAAUCCACGUCCGCUACCAUGCCGUGUGCCUGAGGGGGCUGAGCAGAGCCGGGACCUGCACCGGGAUGGAGAGCACAGAGGGCAGCGGCCGGAGCACCAGCAUCAACUGAACCGGGGCCGUGCCCUGCACCGAGAGCUCUGCUGGGGCAGCCCCGGGGGGGGGGGGUGACCCCGGCCCUGCCUCGUGUCCCCCCCACCCGGCCGGGCACUCCCGGAGGAGCCGCCUGUGCUGGCACAGGCCCAGGGCUGCGGUACAGCCCCUGCGGGAGGGGAGUCCGGACACACGGCACUUGGGGACGGUUAAAACCCACAGACACAGCCAAGGCCCUGACCGUGACUGCGCCCGGGGGGGGCUCUGGGGGGGGGCUCCCCGCUCCCGCAGCAUCGGCCGACCGCAAGAUGGCCGCCCUCAACAACCAUGGCGGCCGCGCCCGCAAACAAAAUGGCUGCCGAGGA